AGUAAAAGUUCUGAUGAAAGCUUCAUAAAGUAUAAUGAGUGUGUCUCCUGCUUUUUUUGUGGUCAGAGGCUGACAUUGUCCAGGCGGCCCUAAAGCCUGAAAAAAAUUGCUUUAGUGUCACCAGAGCUGUGGAAACUUGGCUCCAAUUCCCACUGGAGAGAGUCAGAUGACAAGCAACCUCGUGAUUUUUUUGUUUCAGGGAAACGGCGAGGGUACUUAGCUCGUUAGCUCCAGGAAUUUGUUUGAUGUCUGAGAGGGAACUGUUAUGGAGCAUAGAAUAUACAUAGAAUAGAAAGCAGACAAUUGUAAUGGUUCACACCGUUGACUCUGGAACCUUUGGAACCUCAUCAGUCUUGGUGAUAGAAACGGUACCAAUCAAUUGUAUCAAUCGUGGCACUGGAAAUUGUUCCUCACCAAUCAAGAAACUCAAACUGGACAUUGUAGCCAAAGUAUUAAAAGUAGUCUGCUACUUUGCUGGCUCAGUAUGUUUUUUAAGAGUGCAAAUUAACCGAAGAAAUCUGGAAGCAUGAAAAUGUCAUGGCGUCAUCCCUCCUGACUGCUUAUCACAUCUUUUGUUGGACAUCUGAUGCAUCUGUGACAAUUCUUUGGUUGUGCCUUUAUUGCGGAGUCCGAGCAAGGACGUGCUGGAGUGGAGAUUUUACAAUGGGAUCCAGGGCGACUUUCUACACGUCUUUGUGUAUGUGCAUCACCACGGGCAUUGCGUGCGUGGUCUUGGUUGUCUACUGGUUCUGGCGUUGGCAUGGAGGAUUUGCCUGGGAUGGAACCCAGGCCCAAUUCAAUUGGCAUCCUGUCCUCAUGAUCAGUGGACUGCUGGUCCUCUAUGGCCUCGCCGCCGUUCUCUACCGUGUGCCUUGGGGGUGGUCGCAUAAGAAGCGUGGAUGGAAGAUGCUUCACGCAGGACUCAUGCUGGCCGCCCUGAUUCUCGCCGGCGUCGGCCUGCACGCCGUCUUUGUCGUGCACCGCAACCUGAACAUCCCUGCGUUGUACUCUCUGCACAGCUGGGUGGGAAUGAGCGCCGUGGUGACCUUUGCGUGGCAGUGGUUCCUGGGCCUGGUCGGCUUCUUGCUACCGUGUUCUGCGCCGCGUUUGGGCGGUGCCCUGAAGGGCAUCCACGUGUGGACGGGACAAGCGGUGCUGAUGCUCACUCUGGCUGCCUGCAUCAGUGGGAUCAACGAACAGCUUUUUUUUGCACUGGAUGGCGUGUCAGCAAGUGCUUACAGCUCCCUUCCUGUGGAGGCGCUGUUGGGCAACAUGCUAGGAGUCCUGACUGUGGCGUUCAGUGUUCUCGUGUUCGGAAUUCUGUCCAAAACCGACUGGCAACGUCCAAACACCAAUACCAAUGAUGAAGCAACUCCAAUUUUGCUGAGAGAAGAAGCCAUUUAAGGGACACAGCAACAGAAUGGGACAGAAAGCACAUGAACUAUUAUCCUAUUUAAGGAUAAAUGGUUCAGAAGAUGGAUGGAUUGAAAACAAGACAUGAAAACAUUUAAUCACUCAUGUAUAAUUGAUAUAUUACACUCUAUGAUUCCUGAAUUAAUAAACAAUACUCUGUCCGAUUUGA